CGAACGCUUUGAACUAGAAUAGGGUAUAUCGUUAUGUCUUUUUCUUAACUUACCUCAUAUUGACUUCGCCGGCUCGGGUUUGAAUGCCGUCGUAUUCCCAGGUCAGACUUCUCCAGCCGAUCCUGUUUGUUGAUAUCCCGUUUGUUCUAGAUUCUUGUCCGAAUAACCCGCGUCGGUUCUGUUCAUAUCCACGACUUAUCGAAUAGAUGGAUAGUUCCAGCUCUCCAGAUUAUAAGGCGCUUUAUCUGAGGGCGGAGGAAGACAAAAGAAAGGCAGAGGAAGAGCGAGAGAGGGAGAGGGAGGAACGGCGGCGGGCAGAGGAAGAGCGCGAGCAAGAAAAGGAAGAACGGAGGCGGGCAGAAGAAGAGCGGGACCAAGGACGAGAACGAACACGGCCAACGACCUUUCUCGAGCUCCUUCGCCUGUGCCACACCUUUUUCUCGCUGCAGUUACGAGCUGAAUCCCCGUCUCGCUCUACGACUGGGAAAAUACCCCCGCCGACCGGGAAACAUUGUCCGUUGCGGCUUCGGCAUUGGGAAGAGUGUGCUGCCAGACAACAGGAGAUUUACCGCUCUGUCUGUGCCUAUCUGGAACCUUCGGGGGAGACCGUUGCGCAACUAUUCACGCCGCGUCUUGUGCUGGAGGAUCUUGGGCAAAGGUUUGGUGAAAGACCCAUAAGUAGCGAACAGGAUCUGGAGAGCUAUGAACGAUUUGGUGUGGAGAACUAUGUUCAUGACAUUAUCACAGAACUCUGCAAGAACCCUGCUGCCCGAGAUCGAUUUGGCUUGGGCGAUGGAGUCAAGUUUGACAAUCACGCAAACGCCCUCGAUCCGAUUGAGACAGACCCAUCCCUACCGACUGAACCCUCGACGUACCGGCGUUCCAGACCAGAUCAAUUUUGCAUACGUCGGGUUGAUGGCGAUAGAAAUACGCUUCUUACGACAGUCGAGUAUAAGCCGCCCCACAAGCUGUCUGUUGAGAACCUCCGCGCAGGAUUGCGAGAGAUGAACUUUUGGGAAGAGGUAGUCCGACCGAAUUCUAUCCCCACGGAGGAAUCCGCAAAAUUGGCGUAUAAUGCAGCCUGGCUGACCGGCUCGGCUAUAACUCAAGAGUAUCAUGUCAUGAUCCAGGAAGGUCUUGAGUACUCAUACUUGACGAACGGGUUGGCGUUGGUUCUAUUACGUGUCCCUUACGAUGAGCCGGGCACGUUAUACUACCACCUCUGUGAGCCAAACAUGGAGAUCGAUCUGAAUGAUGACCAGAGUUUUGAUCAGCCGUUGACGGCUAUUGCGCGGGUAUUGUGUCUGUGCUUGAUGAGUUUUGGCGCGCCGGUCCGCGACCAGGCAUGGCGAAAUGAGGCACAGAAGCAGCUGCCGGUCUGGAAGACGAGUUUCGAUCAUACACGCUCCCAAAUACCGGAAAGAGAAUUACGACAAAACCCACCAAGCUCCGAAUAUAGCCCCUCGGUCAGUUCCAGACGGUCGGUCUCGGAGUACCUCCCAUCGUCCUCUCCGGUGGAAUCCCCUACGCAACGACGUCGAAUACCGACCCGGUCUCGAGCUCAGUGUGCGCCGAAUACCAUGGAACGAGAGGAUUCUCCAGACUCUGAUACGGACUCCGCUCCCGGCGGGCGGAAGCGUGGCUUCAGCCAGGUCACAUCAUCACCAUCAUCUCCAUCGGUACAGCGAUCUGUCUGUCAAACAGGAGGGCAGCAGAAUGAACGCGGUCGGUACCAACACAACGCUCAGUUUUGUACCCAGCGAUGUCUUCUUGGCCUACAGCGAGGAGGCAUGCUAGAUGACCGCUGCCCGAAUGUCGAGCUCCAUCGACAGGGCGGGACCAGCAACCAACAUUUGAUUGACGCCAGCGGUCUGGUUCGGCAGAUUAAGCAGCAACUAGAUCAAAACCUCGACCGCGACUGCACCCCGAUGGGAGGCUGUGGAGCAUCAGGAGCGCCUUUCAAAAUCACGAGCACGGCCUAUGGGUAUACGGUCGUCGGGAAAGGAACCACGUCGUACCUGUGGGACGAGGUAAAGCGAGAGGCGGAUAUUUAUCGCAUCCUUUGGCGAGCCCAAGGGCGAGCCAUACCGGUCUUUCUCGGCACAAUUGACCUGGCUAUGAUCUACUUCCUGCACGGGGCUGGCCAGAUCCGCCAUAUGCUGCUCAUGGGUUGGGGCGGUGAACCCAUCCACAAGUUGGAAGAUGUUGAGUCGAUCAGGCAUGAAAUUUCGCGAUCGCAGAAGAAGAUUCGCUCACUUGGGGUCUUACACCAAGACCUUCGGUCGGAUAAUAUGCUGUGGAACGCCGAGUUAGGGCGGGUGUUGAUCAUUGACUUUCAUCGUUCCCAGUUGGAUAGCCGGCCGAUGAAAAAGCGAAUGAAGUUACGAGAGCAGCACUCGUGUGGGGCCGAGGCACACGGGCGGAAGCGACUUCGUAUUGGCCAAUAACGCAUGUAUCGAGGAACUUGCCAUUUCACAAAGCUUGGAUUUAAAUUUAUAAGAAAAUCAAGUUGGGUAAAUCAAGCUGGCCAUACAGAAAUGUGAAGAGACACAACGUGACCUGACCUAUUGCCCCCUAGCUCUCCUUGGAUGUUUUGACAUUAGGGGCACUUCCGAAACGGCCCGUCGUUUACGUCCUCUGGGACUAUGUUGGAAGCUGGCAUGAUG